AUGGCACCGCAGACUUCCGCCUAUGCCUAUUUAUUUGCUAAUACUCCCAACAGGACCGUCGAUGCACAGCCCGAUGACGGUGACACAACAGUGCUACACGGGUAUGAUGUUGCAAACUUUACCGACGCCCCGGCUGUGGCUUUUGGGUACCCUUUUGAAGUUUGGGCCGACUACGAUUCCAUGAACAAGAGCGCUGUGGCAUUCGGGCCCAACUCCUCGACCCUCGAGAGCUUCCUUAGAAACAAGCUUGCGCCCACCGGGAGCUUCAGCAUUGAUUAUGGCUCCACGUCCGAGCUAUAUCCUCGCGAUGGCCAGCUUGUUGUCGGUGGCUUUAACGAGGCUCGAUUUGACGACUCAAAAGUCACCAAGUUCUCGAUGUGGGGAGCCAACGCUCCGGUUUCCUGCCCACUGCAAGUUACUAUUUCCGAUAUCAUCCUGACGAACAAGGACGGCGACCACUCCCUUUCCGACCCCGGUGUCAGAGUAGCGGCGUGCAUAGACACCGUUCAAAACAGCUUCACGUUUACGCCCACUGUGUUUGACAGAUUCCAGAAGCUCGGUAACCACAUCGAUUCUGACGGGGAGGCCUUCGACGCCUCGGAGUUCCCUGCAGACCGCGAGCCAUUGCUGGGGUCUCUGACGAUUAAGUUGUCCAACGGCUACACGACUGUUAUUCCGCAUUACGAGCUUGUCCACCAUGUCCGCGGCACCGAUUCGCGUGGGAAAUUCGCGGUUUUGAACAAUACGCGAAUCGACACUACCGUCUCAUCCGGACUCAGCGACUUGGGCCAGAACAUCACCCUUCUGGGAGGUGUCUUUCUCUCACAAAACUACCUCCACGUUGACUACAAUGCGGGGAACUUCUGGCUCAGCCCGCAAGUUGCCAACGGAACUUUGCCUGAUCACAUUACAGCAGCAUGCAACGGCACUUCAACAGCCACUACCAACACAUCAUCACUGGGUCUCAAGGUUGCCGUGCCGGUAGUAAUCGCUGCCGCCGUUGUUUUCUUUAUCGGGCUGUGGUUCUGGCUGAAGAACCGUAAAAGGAACCCCCGAACACAAGUUACAGAUGCCUCCAGGUCCAUCCCCCGCAACGAGAAGCGCGAUGCACCCGAUUCCAGGUCGUCUACCACCAACUUUGCGGGUUUCACCAACGUCAACCACGCAAACCCUGGCGCACAUAUGGAGCUUGAAGGCGACCUGGGACGACAUUUUGGUUCGCAACAGCGAGCGGAAUUGGCAGAGCCGGUUCCAGCAUACAAGUCGGAGUGGCCCCGACAGAACUCCGUACAAGGGGAGAACGACACGUAUUUUGGUAGAUGA